GCUAAAGUCUUCGCCCUUCUGCCUCGAACCAGGCUGUGCUGCUUGCUUAGUGGUGUAGCACAAGAACGGAAAUGAAACUUUUCAGCAGCUGCCUGCUGCUUCUUGUCUGCGUGACACAUGCCGAGCACGACAUGAGGCCAACGAGGUGCCUGAAACCGCCGGUUCUUGGCAUAUGCCGGCCAUUCAGCAAAGUUUAUUAUUUCGAUUAUGACUCAUACAAGUGCAGAAAACUAAAAUGGGGCAUUUGCAUUGGAGGCAGCAACCACUUCCCUACGCAAGAUCAGUGUCUAGAGACCUGUAUACGAAGAGAAGGGAGAAAGUCGAGAAGCUGCCUGGAAAAAGCUGAAACAUGCAGCUGUACCCCACACAUGCGGUCCUGGUAUUUCGAUGCUAAAAGUAACCACUGCAAAAUGUUUAACCACACCGAAUGCGCAGGCGGGAGCAACCGCUUCGAAACAGAAAAGAAGUGCAUGGAACUUUGCCUGCCAAUGACAAAACCAACAAAACAAAAAGCGGUCUGCAGUGAGGACCCAAAGCCCGGAUGGUGGUGGUGCUGGUUCAAAAAGACCCAGUGGUACUUUGAUGUACAGGCAAAUACCUGUCGCCAUUUCGAGGGCAGGAAAUGUGGGAAAGGCGCCAACGGAUUUCCCACUUUCGAGGCCUGCAUGGAGCGUUGCAGCUAUACGGGCUGCCAAAGAUGCAAAGAUGGAAUGCCGUAUUAUUACCCGAAUGGCACGUCACCCUGCGAAGUGGUGCCGAAGUAGGCGGAUAACAGCGGCUACUAUUGUGAGGAACAUGAAGAGCAAAAGCUGAAGUGAUGCAAAAAAAAAAUGACUUCACAUGUCACCGAUUCUCAGAGUUGUUCCCUACUGCGAAAACCUAACUAUCAAGAGGCUUUGGUAUGAAUAUUGUAAGCUGUAUCCAAGGCCGCUUCUUCGCUACACUAAGCAAUAAAAUAAAAUAAAAGCAAGCUUA